AUGACAACAUCGUUAGAGAAUUCGGAUUGGAUGGAAAAGAAAAUAAAUGAUGGAGACAUCAAUUAUUUCAAAUAUGAUGAAUUCAAAAAUGUAGAAAAGGUUGGCAAUGGAGCGUUUGGCGUUGUAGAAAAAGCUGACUGGAUAAAUGGUGGAAGUACUCAAGUGGCAUUAAAGUCUCUUAUGUUUAUCCAAGAUAAAGAAUUGCUUGAAGAGCAUGAUAAAAACAUAUUGGUUCACGAUGGUUCGUUGUUGAUCGCAGACCUUGGAUUAUCUAGGCGAUUGAAUGCUGUAAAGUCUACUAAUUCGAAAGUUCAUGGAAUGCCGGCAUUUGUUGAACCGCAAUGCUUUAAGAAAGAGAACUUCAAAUAUGAAAUUACUAAAGAUAUGGAUGAUGAAAUGAACUCUGAUGAAUUUGACACACCUGCAAUUGAAUAUGAUAAUGAAAUCAGUGCGGCACUGUCAUUAGUGGUACCAGAUGAUAUACAAGAGGAAUGCGACAAUUCGUCAUCGGUUGUCAUACAUAGUACCGACGAGCACGAAGAGGAAUUAAGCGAUACCGUAUUACAAAGUAUCACUGCGCAUAAAGAGGAAUCAUCAGUUGUUUCACAAAGUGUGGAUGAGAAGUCAUCAGACACUUUACAAAAUAUUAAUGAAACAAGUGACGCAUUCUAUGAGAUCGUUCAAAAUUAUGUAGAUUUAUCAAGGUUUUAUUAUUCCGGUAGAGGCACUCAAAGAGAUAAAGUUGAAGCUUUAAAAUGGUAUCAAUUGUAUCAAAAAAACGGUGGAUUAAUUAAUGUGUCUGAUGAGAUUAAAAAGAUAGAAAGGAAAAUGGAGAAACAAGAUGAUGGAUCUUAUAUCUAUAAAAGUUCUAGCUAUUUUAAUCUAUCUUGGUAUAAAGAUUGGUACCCGUAA